UCGCGAGAAAACAGCGCCUGUGUUUUUUCCUUUCAGUGAACAGUGAACUCCUGAAACACCUAUUGUGUUUUCGAUUUCUAUUUUGUACGUGUUCGAUUGGAGUUAAUGAAGAAAACUAUCCGAAUUUGAAAUAAUGAAAGUUGUUGCUUGUAUGUCUCUUGGUAAUUGUCACGUAUUUUAAUAUAAUUUUGUGUUGUUUGGUGCUUGGUUUUAAAAAUGGGUAUAUAUAGUUAUGCGUAAAUAUAAUUUGCCAUAUUUCGCACAUACCUAUUCGUGGUACCCAGCCAUUUAUUAGGAACAUGAACAAAAAGUUGUUCUUAGCCAUGUCUCGACGUCGCGUAUCUUGUCCACUGACCGUCCAGCAGUUAUGGGAUGCUGUAAAAAUUAUCCGCUACAAGAGGCAAGUGCCAGAUGUUGAAAGAAUAACGCGGUAUAUGAACAGAACUCAUAACGUUUCUGAUGACGAAGUUGGCAGGCAAAUAAAUUACUGCGUUCGCGAUGGUUUGCUGAAAGUAAUCAAAAAAGUGGGAUCCAAAGGAUCAAAAUGCGGCAUUGAACAAGAAGGGUAUAAAUUACCCGAAGACAAGUUGGAAAAGGAUAGCCAUGAUUGGUAUUGUUUCGAGUGUCACAGUGGUGGCGAUGUGAUUUGUUGUACGUCUUGUCAUCGAGUGUACCACUUAUCUUGUAUAUCUAAAGACGAUUUACCGGAAGACGACGUCAAGAAUAAAUUUGUGUGCAGUAUUUGCAAUCGUUGUUCUAACAGAGAGCUGACUCCCAACAUAAAGAAAAGUCAGCUAAAUCGGUUAUUGAAGUAUACUGCUACUAAAAUGAAGGAUCGAUUACCUGUAGCAUUGACCGAUCGUCAGCCUCCGAGUAGUAAUUCGUAUUUAUCUGAGAGAUUCGCUAUUCAAGGCCAAGUAAAAAGUCCCAGUAUUGAUGUUCCUAGCAAUUUUAAAUGGAUCUUGAACGAUAAAGACGAGUGGCGAGUCGAUUAUCUCAUUUACAGGCCUAUCGACUUGCAUAUUAUGGAAUCGAAGGCAGAUUGCAAAAAAUACGAACAUCUGGAAGAAUUUCGAGCAGAUAUACAAACGAUCGUACACAACUAUGUUAUUUAUCACGGAGUUCACAGUAAUAUGGCGGAUAUGGCGCGACUAAUGUUACGCGAUUGUAAUACCGAUUUGCUAGAAAUUCUGGAGUGUUGGAGGUGUUAUAAACACUGUAAUGAUAAGACUCUGAGAAACUGGUUCAUCACUCCUUGUAAACCGCCUCACGAAUUGGUGUAUGCUAAAUCGAAAGGAUGUCCCUAUUGGCCGGCGAAGAUUAUGAAAGAUAAUGAAGAAACUUGCGAAGUGAAAUUCUUCGGCGGUAUACACGAAAGAGCCACCGUGGAGAAAAUAUACAUCAGACCUAUAUCGGUCAACAUCCAUACAUUGCAGAUAAAACGCACUUCGUCGUGGAAUAAAGCUUUCGAAGAAGUGAAACGACACCAGAAGCAGUUGGAGAAGCUACGCGAAGAAACGGAUAAUUACACGAAGCCUUUUGUAGAUUCUUCGAGCGACGAAUCCGAUACACCAGAUGUCGAUAAAGAUAUCGAUGAUUCCAGUAGAAAUAAAAGUAUUAAUUUCAGUCUCUCUCCUGUCGCGAAUAACGAUAAAAUCGAAGCGAAGGAAUCCAACGACGAGCGGUCGUCGCAACACGAUAAACCUAAGAAUUCGAGCGAAACUGUUGCUAAAACGCCCGUCAACGAAAUUAAAACCACGCGGCCUCGAGGUAGGCCUAAAAAGUCGACCUCCGAACAUGUCACCCCAACCCCCGCUCAAGAAGAUAAGUUGUCAAAACCUCCUCAAGCAACGAAAUCAUCGUCGCCGAAAUCUAGAGGCAGACCGCCAAAAAUAUCGGGAGCGCCAGCCGCCAAAAAACCUCGCAAAUCUGGUUCGUUUUCAUUAAACGUUGAAGACGACGGGCCGUCUGGGGCAGAGCCACCAGAAAUUAAAAUACCAUCGUUAGAUACCGACAGUAAUGAUAUCAAGAACCAAAACGACGCUGAAGAUCAUAAUAUCAGUUCAACUUCUGGAAAGUUGCAACUCGCUGCCAAAGGCAACGAGGAAGAAAUAGUUAGUUCUUCAUCUUCUCAGAAUCCUAUAAAAAGAUCGGUUAAAACGCAAACCAAAUCGUUAGAAGUUAAGCCUUCCAAAGAAUGGAUCGAAAAGAUGGAAGAAGAAUUCGAACAAGAAAAAGAAAGACUUAUCGCUAAAUUAAGAAAAGAACACGAACAAGAAAUCGCUUUAUUACGACAAGCCCACAACGCUAUACUAUCUGAAACUAAGCGUAAGCAGUGGUGCGUAAAUUGCGAGCUGGAAGCGAUUUAUCAUUGUUGUUGGAAUACUUCGUAUUGUAGUCCUGAUUGUCAGUUGGCUCAUUGGGCUGCCGAUCACAAGAGACACUGUCGAAGAAAACGAUAAUUAUUUUCAAAGCGACAUAAUUUUUACGAUUGAUUCGUGAAUUCUUCGUCUUCUCAUUUUUGGAAUGCGUGUGCGCAUUGUUAUUGUUGCCGUAAUCUUCAUCUCAUCGUGUAAAUUGUAUUAAAUCACGCCAGAAAGGCAUCACGUAAGAUUUAAGAUUGUUAUAGCAUUAAUCAUUCCAUUGAUCUUUUUAAAAUAGCUUUCUUAGCUUGUUUUACGAUUAUUUAUUAUAAUUAUUUUUCUAAUGGAAGAUUUUAUUUUCAUGUUGAUUUUUUUUACCGGAGUGUAAAAUUGUAAGAAAAUUGAAUAUUGUUUUAGUAAUUAAGAAAUUCGUGACAUGUGACGGAUAAUGGUAUGAGGUAAUUCAGUAUUUAUUAUACUAAUUUGUAGUGGUAAUUUAAAAUUUUGAAAAUAAACGUGCAAUAGAUACUUACAUAUUAUAUUGAUGGCUUCUUCGUACCUGCUCUAUUUUUACAUACGUAAUUAUUAUGUAUACAAAAAUAUAAAAAGUGUAUAAUAUCUUGUAAUUUGAGUUUUUUGAUACGGAUUGUUCUUGUAUUAUAUAGUUACUAACUAUUGUAAGCAGUUAACGUGCUAAACAAUUUUUUUUUCUUGUUGCUUGCAUAAUAUCGACAUUGAGACAUCUUGACAACGGAGAAAUUAACUUGUACAUUAUGAUUUCAAAAAUAAUAUAAUAUUAUGUGAAUUCUUCC